UCAAAAUGGCUUUUUAUUGAAUAAUAUUGCGAAAUUGCACAUGCUCUGAAAUGUGUAGUACCUUAAUAUGUUGUUAAAAUAUUGAUUUUACAGUAAUGUUAUAUUUAAGGCAUUCCUUUCUUUUUUUUCCCCAAGUUCCUGCAGAAAGACAAAAAAGGGGUUGCCCUCCUUUGACAGCUGUUUAAUGGCAAAAUGAUUAAAUUCUAAUGUAAUGAACCUCCAAGUCUAAUGAAAUGACUGAAGUUGCGGUUUAACCUUAAUGUUAAGCCAUAUACAUUACACAACAAAAAAAUGCUUCUGUAAUUGAAUUGGCCUAAUUCUGGAAAGCAAGCGGAUCUACAAAUUGUCUUCUUCCCUGAGAGACUCUAAAUCUGUUUGUUUUGGACCUCAUUAGCUUUGAGUCAAUGUUGUCUUUUCUUAAAGAGCCCCUGGUGCAAAAUUGACUUUGUAUAAUUUUAUUUCUUUUUACCAGUAGCUCUUGAAUAUGUAAAAAAGUGUCUUGAUUAAUUGUUGUGUAAUCAAUUAUAUGCUGUAGUUUCAUAUAUAUUUCAUAUGUGUAAGGAUCUUGAAGUAGAAGCUAAAAACAUUGUUUAAAAUUAUUUUUAGUUUUUUUUCUCAUUCUUUUCUCAGUCUCUGUUCUGUUCUUCCUUGACAACUUUUGUAGUGCUUAGACAUUUCUUUUUCUUGAACUAUUCCAUUCUAAGAACACUCAGAAGUAUACUUGCUAAACAUAUCCCGAAAGUCCAAAGCAUGAUAGCCAACGGUUUCGCACUUGCCAUACGGCUAAUACUGUAAAACAUAAUCAAUAUGGCUGAUAGCAGAUUAGGAUGAUUGAAGAAGUAUGCCAUAAUGGAAUCAAUACCGGUAAGUAAGUAAGCAAGCUUUCCAAAGUGUUAAACCAGAUUUGGGGAUUUCCUUUAAUCCCUCAAGAAUCAUUCUUCCUGAUAAACGGUUUGUUAGUGAGACAAACAAAAACAAAACUAUGCGAAAGAUGUCAGUUUGCAACUUCAGAAGCGGUUUGUUUCCAAUUAUCCAGUCAGGUUAGGAAGACAUUUCAUGUAAAGACAUUUUCCAGAGUGAGUCCUGAAGGCUCAAAGAGGAACACAUACAGUAGUGCGACAUCUUUACCUGUCUGUCUUCCUUCCAGGAAUUAGUACCCGUCACAGAUUAGAACCCUCGCCUGUCAUAAAUCUGCUUUCCACUUUGUUUGAUUGCUGGGAGGGGUUGACUGGGUUCCCAUAUAUAUAGCGGAUUCUAGCACUUGAGGUGCUGUACAGCAAAUAUUGUUUACAUUAAUGUUGAGAUUUAGAGGUAGAACGCGUGUGGGCUUUUUGUUUCAUGUCAGUUUUUCUAGCAGCAUUUUCCAGAAACACUCUUAAAUAAUUCUUAAUCCUUUGUCUUUUUAGAAUUGUUUUUAAGUACAAGUGCGGCCUGUGCUGCCAGUGAGAUGAACUAUUGCAUGCAAGAGAUGUAUGAAAUGCACCAUGCUAUGGGUAGCAAUUUCCCUGUGCAGCCUGUUGACUACUGCAUGUACACAAGUGAAAGCCAGGGUUACAACAAUUGCGAUCCACAGGUUCUCCAUAAUAAUGCAUGUAUGGAGCAGGCCUGGGUACCGAAUCAGCCUUAUACCUGUAGUUACCCUGGAAACGUGUUUAAAAGCGAAUUCUGCAAUAUGGACAUGGCCUUGAGUCACUGUCACCAGACAGACUAUUUCACAGACGGAAAAAUUGAUUUUUCUGAAGUUCAGUGGACACCAGAGUCACAGAAAAAAGGGUACAUACCAAGUUACUUGGAUAAGGAUGAGUUGUGUGUAGUGUGUGGUGACAAAGCAACUGGAUAUCAUUAUCGCUGCAUCACCUGUGAAGGCUGCAAGGGCUUUUUCAGGAGAACUAUUCAGAAAAAUCUCCAUCCAACAUAUGCCUGCAAAUACGAGGGAAAGUGUAUUAUAGAUAAAGUCACAAGAAACCAGUGCCAGGAAUGUCGGUUCAAAAAAUGUAUUGCAGUUGGCAUGGCAACAGACCUGGUUUUGGACGACAGCAAGCGCCUGGCAAAGAGGAAGCUGAUCGAGGAGAACCGAGAGCGGCGUCGGCGUGAGGAGCUGCAGAAGUCCGUGUGGAGCAAGCCGGAGCCUUCUCAGGAGGAGUGGGAGCUCAUCCGGGUGGUAACAGAGGCACAUAUGACCACUAACGCACAAGGCAACCACUGGAAACAGAAACGGAAAUUUCUGGUUGAAGAAGCAAAGCUACUUAAUGCAAUAACUUGUAAUUUAUUCUAUGCUUCUGACCAGAGUGCAGUGGGGGUGGAGAAUUCAAAGCCAGAAGACAUUGGUCAAGCUCCAAUAGUGAGUGCAUCAGAAGGAAGCAAAGUGGACAUAGAAGCCUUUAGUCAGUUUACGAAAAUCAUCACCCCUGCCAUCACAAGAGUGGUGGACUUUGCCAAAAAGCUGCCUAUGUUCUGUGAGUUGCCAUGUGAAGACCAGAUAAUCCUUCUCAAAGGCUGCUGCAUGGAAAUCAUGUCCCUCCGUGCAGCAGUGCGCUACGACCCUGAGAGUGAAACUUUAACCCUGAAUGGUGAGAUGGCUGUCACCAGGGGACAACUUAAAAAUGGAGGCCUUGGUGUAGUGUCUGAUGCCAUUUUUGACCUGGGCAUGUCUCUGUCCUCUUUUAACCUGGACGACUCAGAGGUUGCUCUUCUUCAGGCUGUAAUUCUGAUGUCCUCAGAUCGUCCUGGUCUAACAAGUGUGGAGAGAAUCGAGAAAUGCCAAGAAGAGUUCCUCCUGGCUUUCGAGCACUACAUCAACUACCGCAAACAUAACGUGUCACACUUCUGGCCAAAACUCCUCAUGAAGGUGACAGACCUGCGCAUGAUUGGAGCCUGCCACGCCAGCAGGUUUCUGCACAUGAAGGUGGAGUGCCCCACAGAACUCUUCCCACCCCUCUUUCUCGAGGUUUUUGAGGACUGAGAGAAGGUGGGCAAGAAAGAGAAAAGCUUGCUUUGCUAUGAACUUUCUGAACUGUUUUAGCACUACUGAGUGUGAUUUCAUUCCAUAGCAUAGAAUGAGCUUCUUGCCUAGACAUGGAUGAAAACAUUCCAACAAUGCGGGUACAUGUGAAUAUAGUUUUGUUUUUUUCUUCUUUUUUUUGAUGUAUAUUUUUAUUCCAAGUUGGAACUUAAUGGUAUUUUGUUCAUAUUUUAGUAUAAGUGAACAUUCACUUGGUUGUCCAUACCCUUUUUAAAAAUCAUAAACAUGUUUUCUGAAUUACAUUUUGCCUCAAACUUCAAUGGGUUUCAAAAGCCUCAAAUCCAGUCCUCCCACUUUCCUAGUCUCUGCCACCAAAAAGCAAUUGUUUUCUUUUAAAAAACACUGCUUCAUGUCACAUUUUGUCAAUAACUAAAGUGAGUUUUUAAAUAAGCCAUACUUUCCAUUCAUUUCUCAAAACUGCUGGAGAGCUAGGUAACGUUUUUAUUAAGAACAACUCAUGGUCCUUUUUAUAACACCUUUUGUUUUCCACAAACAUACAUGUAUGAAUAACAGCAGUGCACACAGAUUAGUGUAGCAGACUUAAAGCCAAUAUAUACUGUAUGUGGUUUAUGUUUUUUUUUACUUUUCAACUUUAUGGCCUACAAAUCACCAAAACUGUAGAUAUAUUCUGUUUCUUUUAGAAGUUCUCUUCUAUUCACCAGUAAGUACUCACACCGAAUGAAGUAGGGCGUUAAAGGCAGUCUUGUUAUGUGCUUUUGCUGAACGAUGCUACUCAUAUGGUGCCAAAAAAUGGAGAAUUUAAUGUUUUAGCUCCUGAAAAUACAUCUGUCUGCACAAGGGCACAGAAGGUGUUCUGAAAUAUCCUUAAAAUAGAUGUGUUAUACAGUAUGCUGUUGUUUUCUUAUGUAGCCAGAACAUAAUGUAGGAGUACACUGUUCUUUUUGAUUUAUUCUCUUAUGUGUUCGUGUGGUUGUCAUUCAGUACUCCCCAGAAAAGUUUGAUGCAGUGGAGCAUUAAUAUUGAAUUUUAGGAACUCUCGAUGUGUCACCAUGUGUCAUAUUUAUUGUAAUGCAGAAAUUAUCAUAAAUAUGUUCAGGCAGUCCUUCAUGCCAGGGGUUUAACUGUUUUGAAAUGGCUGAGCCUCUUGCUCUGUCUGAAAAUUGGACCUCCAGCUCUAUUCCUUAAGAGGUCAUAGCUAUAUUAGUCUUGAACUCACUUUCAAGUGAAACCAAGACUUAAGGAAAUGCCUACUGUGAUUUAAGCUAACAGAACAUCAGCACGAUGUCUAUUUUUUUUACCUUUCCAAAUCCAAAAAAGCCUAUGUAUUUUACUGAAAUCAUACAAAACUGCCAGUAACACAGAGAAUAAUUACUCUAUAAUAGGAAAGGGUGGGCCUUGUGAAACGUUAACCAUCUGAGCUUCUACUAAUUCCUCAAAGCAGCUUUUUGUUUUACGGAAAUUGAUGCCUUUCAUGAACAAUAGAUUGCAGCAGUGGUAGAAUGUUUUUUUCACUGGAAAACUGCACAGACUCAAAGUUUAAUGCACAGACAAUCAGAAAGUAAAGCUAUCAAGGGUCCCAGUUUACAUCAAUAAUGUAUAUUUGUAUAGGUAAGGGUUAACUGGUUUUUGUUUUGGGGGUACCCUUAAUGUAAUACAAUAUCGAAUUGCUGAUAAAAGAAUGUUAUAUAUUCUGCAUAAAUCUUUUUAAAAACACCAUUGUGGGUAUUAACUCUUAAAGCAAUGGAAUAUGUUAUUCAAUAAAAUAAAAAGCACCAUACAAAAGCUAUUUUGCAGUAUAAAGGAAAAAGGAUUGUAUAUUUUCAGACUGCAGAUAUUUUCUAUGUAUGCAUAUAAUGAACAUUUUACUGUUUUACAAAAAUGACAGAAAUCUUAUCUUUUCUUCAAUUUAUAACAAAAAUAUACUGUUCAGAAACUUAUACAUAUAGGAUUCCUUAAUAUGUUUCCAGUGUUACUUUUACCAUUCCGAAAAGGGGGUUUGGAGAAAGACUGGCCCAUCAGAUCCCUAACUGCUUUGUAAGGAAUAAAAUAGCAAAUACAAGCCUAACAAAACCAAGCAAAGUAGUUCUAGCAGUAUGAAGUUAAAUUCACCCACAAAUAUAAGGAACUGAAGCUGAUUUAGGGUAAUCUUCAUGACAAUACAGUGCUGGCCAUAAGCUGAGCUGCAGUCUUAAUAGCACAGAAAUUUGGUUAUUCAAGUGAAGAAGUAUUUUUUUAAAAAGGACAGCAUAGUUUUGUACCAAAUUUAAUAUGUUGCACAGGGAUAUUAGUUUGCAGCAUUGUAGAAAGAUGAGAUUUUAUUACUAUGUUUUGAACACUGCUGUAUCCCAUGUCUGUGGUUGAAAAGAAGAUUAUAAAGUUGCACUAAAGACGAUUAUAUGUUUGCACUUAAUGUGAAUUGGCUCUAAAAAUAAAGUUGGGUUGGAGAACUCCCUGAAAUAA